CGGACCAAUCUCACGGGACAGAAUUAUUCAGAUCCUGUAAGUCUCUCUCCCUCUCUGAUUAUGGAUGAUCUAGAUCUAUCGUCAUCAUUGUCCACUUACAAAUUCAUUCGAUACCAUGCGGGCGCAGUACAGGAUAGUCAUGGAGGUGGAGCCACCGAGUCCGUUAAGAUACCUAAUCGGCGCAGCAUUAAUGAUGAUUGGAGUGGUGUUACCCGUCGGUUACAUGAUGUUUCGUAACAAGCGGGGUCCUUCUUCUUCCUCUUACUCCAAACAGACGUAGGGCAAAGUUUUGAUAGAGUGGUAGUGAUUGAAAGAGAGGGAGAUCUGGUGCUGGAUGAGUUGAAGAGUUUGAAGAGGAUGCAAGAAAAAGAUGAGGUAUUUUUUGACAGAUUGUGCAAAUACAAAUGUAAUUGACAGAAACUCUAAUUCUGUUAUUAAUAUGUUCUUUUUGGGUAAAAAGAAAGAAAACAAACUCUGAUUAUUAUAAAAUGGGAUGUGGUUUGAUUCCAUGUUUUUUUUAUCAAAAUAGAUACUUCUUUUUGUUUGAUUGAAUAAAUUUUAUAUGUUUGUGAUUGUGUUUUGUCUUCUCUUUUUUUAAUUUCUUCCAAACAAUUUGGUCUCGUUCUGUUGAAAAUAUGUGCAAGGAGAAUAGACACUUCAUUGAUUUCUUCGUGAUCUUUCUUAGCUGCAUAUGAGAGUAGGCAUUUGCUUGGUAGUAUUUAGAAUGUCUAGUGACACUGCAGAAUGCUUGUUUUAAUCGGUGAUACAUUUUUGUAUUUUGGAUAUGCCUGACAGCAUGAGUUAUGCCAGUGAUUGGUGAGUUACCUGAUGGUUGGAUUUACUGGAUUAGCAUGGAAUAAUAAACUUUGUUCUGCUGUUUCAUGCUCUCUGUAUCAGUCUGAGCUAUGAAACGACCUGUUAGAAUGACAAAAUUUGCUGUUUUCGAGUGGGAAUGUAGAAAAGAGCGGAAAAUAUAUAUUGUUGAAAUGUGUUGCCUAUUUGCUUGGAGCUACCGUGGAAACAGCUACCAUUUGGAAUUGAAACGCUUGGUGGUGAAGACAAUGCAGGAUGCACAAGUAUCAGAAACAUUUGAGAUUCCUACAGAAUGAUUUUUCAUGUCUCAGUCUCACAGAUGUGUUGUGGUUCCAUCUCAGAGAAAAAGCAUGAUACAUGAGGGUGAUGAGAUCAAAGUGGUGUUAACAAGAUUGAUCAGGGCCGAUAAUCUUUGCUGCUCUACCCUCAUGAAUGGAGGCUUCUUGUGCAUUUACCCACUGUUAUCAUCUAUAGAAACCAUCUAUCUCCUCUCAGUAACAAGCUGCCUGGAUGUUGAUUUUUUUUUAAUCAGAUUUCCAUGAUGUUGGUUUGGUUCUAACUUCUAAGAUCUGGUACAAUAUAUUUGAGAACUUGACUCAGGAGUGGAUCAAUUUUAUGGAACUCCGACUGUUUAUACUCCA